AUGAGGCAACCCAACGAUCAUUGGAAAGGAUACUAUACGUUUGGGCCAUACGACAUCCCCGCAUCAGGAUACGUGCAAGGUAUCAAUGAUCUAGUCACGCCGUUCUGGCAAGUGUUUCUCGGAGCAUACAUUUCUGAUCCAAAUAUCGAAUUUGGCAUGGACCCGGGCCAACUGCCAAAACCAGUGCUGGACGCAGUUGAGGCAGACUCGUUCUGGUGUCUUACAAAACUACUCGAUGGGAUACAGGACAAUUACAUCGCACAUCAGCCAGGCAUUCAGCGGCAAGUGGCGGACCUCAGGGACCUCACAACGCGUAUCGACGGUGAUCUGGCAAAACAUUUGCAGAACGAGGGGGUAGAAUUCAUACAGUUCAGCUUCCGAUGGAUGAACUGUCUCUUGAUGCGCGAGAUAUCCGUGCAGAAUACAAUACGCAUGUGGGAUACAUAUCUGGCCGAAGAAGACGGUUUCUCGUCUUUCCAUCUUUACGUAUGCGCCGCCUUCCUCGUCAAGUGGACCGAACAGCUGCGGAAGAUGGACUUCCAAGAGAUCAUGAUGUUUCUGCAAUCACUGCCUACGCGUCAGUGGACUGAGAAAGACAUUGAGCUAUUGUUGAGCGAAGCUUUCAUCUGGCAGAGCUUAUUCAAAGGUAGUGGAGCACAUUUGAAGAACACGAACUCAAGAGGCAAUGGUGGUGUAGGCAUGGGUCCCGAUUACUGA